UGGAGGCUCCCGCGGCCACUAGUGGGAGCGAAGCGCAUCCGCAGAGGAUCCUCGGCUGGAGGCUCAAAACCUCUCGCACCCAACCAGACUCCAGCCUCACAUCACACCCUCCUCCUACUACUACUCCUCCCGUUUACUCCUUCCUCUCCUCACAGCAGCACACCACAGAAAUCUCUCUCCUCUCUCUCUCUCUCUAGCCUCUCUCUACCCUCCGGGGAAGAGCGAGGAAACAACGGAGGGGGAGAGGAAGACAAGUCCUCUGACGGCGAGGCGAUCUUCAAGGAGGGGGAUCAUGGCGGCGGCCGGGGAAGGCGGCAAGGAGAAGGGCCCCGGGGGCGCGUGCGAGCUCUGCGGCGCGGCGGCGCGGGUGUACUGCGGCGCCGACGAGGCCACGCUCUGCUGGGGCUGCGACGCGCAGGUGCACGGCGCCAACUUCCUCGUGGCGCGCCACGCGCGCGCGCUCCUGUGCCGGGGCUGCGCGCGCCCCACGCCGUGGCGCGCCGCGGGGCCGCGCCUCGGGCCCACCGCCUCCCUCUGCGACCGCUGCGUCCGCCGCGGCCCGGGGGCCGCGGGCGCCGGCGGCGCCGACGAGGAGAUGGGCGGGGACGACGAGGAUGCCGACGGCGACGGCGAGGACGAGGACGAGGACGAGGACGAGGUCGUCGUCGACGACGACGAGGACGACGACGAGGAAGGGGAGGGGGAGAACCAGGUCGUGCCGUGGUCGGAGGAGCCCGGCGCCACGCCGCCGCCCGUCGCCAGCUCCACCUCCAGCAGCAGCCGGGAGGUCGCCACCAACGGCGCGAAUGCCGGCGCCGAGUGCGCAAAGGAGGACCUGCCGUGCUCGCCGUCGCAGCCAGGCUUGUGCCACUACUCGUCGCCAGCGCGCCACGGCGGCCAGAGCGACGAGGCCACCUCCUCCAGGAACGGCGGCCGGUUCCUUGGCUCCCGGCACAGGAAGAGAUCGCCCUCUGAUUUUCUCGGCUCAGGGUCGGCGCAGUCCGGGAGUGGCACGCCGAUCAGGAAUUGCUCCAACGCGGGCAUUGGCCGAAAUGGCUUUACUUGAGGCGGCCAACCUGCGAUGAUGGUGUAGAUGUUGAUGCUAACUGCAUUAGAAUGCCACUUUUGGUGUAUCCAAGCAUUUGGUGAUGAUUGGAUCACGACGAGAUCAAGCUUCCACCGAGGCAUACAACUUUUUCGGUCGUCAACUUGCACACUUUUGUCAGGGCAGCCGUCCCAGAACCAUGAUAGUAUUUCCCUAAAUGGAGACGGCUCGCUGGAGAUUGUAUAUGUUCCCAGUAUUCAUGUGUUUAAUUCCUUCAUCCUUUUCUGUUUGUGGAUGAGGCGUGUUCGCUAACCUAAGGAAAUGAUAUAGGUUCGCAUUUGCUGUGACAUUCUUGGAUGGUCUACAGUCUGAAUGCUUCCUUUUGUGCCCCA